UCUCUCCAUGUGUGUUAUAGUGACCGGUAGUGACUGUACCAGAGUGUGUGAAUGUUUUGUUGACGCGCGUGUUCCAAUUCAGAAUUUUAAACCAGGAGAAUCAAACUAGACAUAUAUAUUCAUGGAUUAGCGGCAUAAUCAUAAUACAUUCAUUUCAGAACUGUCAAGAUAUAUAAUGAAAAAUAUGGCUGCUACUGUGAUAGAAAAUCCACCAGUUGCAAGUAAAUCUUUGUUUGUUCCUACCCUUGAGGAACUUGUUAAAGUGUUGGGUAGUGGUUUAACAUCUAAUUUUGAAACAGUUUUCGUCGAGAUUGUUGACUGUCCUGAUCUCACAAAAGAGCCUUUCACUUUAGCAUGUAAAGGUUUGGGAGGUAAACCAAGGUUGGUGGAAAUUGGUGGACCACCCUACUUGCUUCCCCUGGUUCGGAGGGAAAAACUCUAUAACAUGUCAUACAUUGGGAAGCUUACAGAUGUUGAACCAAGCUUCCUAAUAGGAGCAGGUGCUGGACCAUGGCCAUAUGCUGGAGUAAACUGUGAGAUGAUAAUCAAUCUUGAAGUAAAUGGAGGAAAAGUUAAUAAUCAUACAAGAAUAUCAAAAGUGGACACCAAAGAUGGCAGCUGUAUAUUGGAACGUCUUCCUGAUACUGAAACACGUUGUGCCUUGCUUGCUAAUAUCUUCUGUAGUGAAGGAAAACCGGGAAAAGUUCUCCGAAUUAGCUGUAAGAAAAGAAUUGGAAAGGACGACUUUAUUGCCAGUAUCAGAAAAUCUCUUCAAGUCCAAUAUAAGGAGAAGGCUGUUGGUUUGGGAGGAACAUUCCUUCUGAAAGAGGGGAAAGCCAAGCAACACAUAAUGCCAGAAUUUUCAACAGAGCCCAUUAAUACUGAUGAAGAAGUGGAAAAGUGGCUACAUUUUUACAACAUGUCUGCGCCUCUAAUUGCUGUUGGAACAUUAGUAUCAGCUGACCCUGGUUUAGACCUGAGGCUUCAGCACUUCCACAGUUUCGGUCAUGCUGAAGGUGGACAUUACCAUAUUGAUACUGAGCCUGAUAAUGUUGAAUAUCUGGGAUACUUUGCCGUGGGUGAAUACAUAUACCGUAUAGACCAGCCUACAGACACACAUCACGUUGGAAGAGAUUAAAUAUAUCUUCACUAUCUAUAGACAAUUCUAUAGAUAUUACUGGGAGAAAAGGUAUUGUAUACUUCUGAAAAUGUUGUUUAAAACUACAAUAUAAACAUUUGGUGGUGAAACAUGGGCAUGUUCAUGGGAUAAAGUAUGUCUUGAUUCUAUUUCAGAAUUUGUUUGUAUGAAGACAAAUAAGUCUAUUAAAACAAGAACUAGUUUUCUUCAUAUAAUACUCAUACUGGGAUGUUCUGUGAUGACAUGUAAUUGUACCAUGCUGUCAAUAACUGAUCUAGCAUGAUGUGCUCACCAAGAGUGCACAUACUUUUCAAAUUCAGUUACCCAUGGUAAAGUAAAUUCACUUUUUGUCAUCAGACGACAUCCCUGUACAUCCAUAUUUGGAUAAUGGAGAAGUGGAAAUAUAUGAUGUAUAGUUUAUAAUACAUAUUUUUAUAUAUUUUUAUAUGUAUUGUUUACAACUGUAUGAUGAUCAUAUCAGUGACAAAUGGUUAACCAAGUAAUACUUAUCAUAAACAGAGCAACUUGACCAAAAUAAAAGUUUCUGUUCUAUUA